GGUCCUUCUGCUUCUGUGUUCCACAUCUCUGGAACAUUGCUGUGCACCGUCUCUGUCUCUCCACCCGUCACUGCUGACAUCAACGUCUGCUCGAGUAGACUUUGUGGACAUUCCUUGGACAUUUUGAAAGGCAAGAAGUAGUGAGAUCUUUGGAUUACGAGCCCGGUUUGGGACCAUGGGAACUAACUGGAGCAUGCCCAAAGAGGAUUACAUUUAUUAUUUCUUUUUGUUGACAGAUGUCAAAUUAACGGAAGACAUAACAUCAGCUGUGAAGAAUAUACCGUGAAGGUCUGUGUUGUGUCAAGUGUUUGCGUCCAAAUGUCUCAGCCAGGCAACCCGCCGGACAGCCAGGCCUUACUGCAGUCCAUGCUGGAGCGACUAAAGCUCCAGCAUGGACGAGAACGGCAGGCGAGCCCCGCAUGGGAGACAGAUGGACCUGGACCCAUCCAAAACCACCAGAGAAUAAACGAGGGGUUUACAAACGGGUAUGAAUUGGAUGUCCCUGCAGAAAGACCUGCUGUGUCGUCUGUAGGGAGGAAUCAAACCCACAAAGACGCUGAGACCUUUCAGCAAUAUCGAGGUCACUUUCCCCACCCACUCCAGAAAGACAACACCUGUGUAGACAUGGUGGAGAACACCACACUGCCUCAGAUCUUUCAUGCUUCACAAGGACGACCCCUUAGGACUGGCGGUGGGGACAAAUGGGACAAGGUCAAUGGACAUGAAGACACAGCCACAGGACGGGACCAGGGGUUGAAAGACACGUCAGGCUGGUCAUGGGGGAGCACGUCCUUUACCACGGACAACCAGGACAAUAAAGGCUUUCACGCCGGAAAUGGACUAUAUGGGAGUUUGUCCAAAUGGAGAGACAUGCAUAUGACGCCCAAGAAAGGGGGCGUUGCGACAACGAGACAGAAGCAACGAUCAUCAGAAAGCAAAGCGAGGCGAUGGACCGAGAAAAUCAAAGAGCGAUGGAAGGAGAGGCCCGGCAGCAGGAAGGGAAAGGAAGGCUUCACAGACAAGAUGGAUGACCAAGGUUCAACACCAAAGCGCCUGAUCGUGGCCUCCAAUCAGGACGCAGGAGAGAGCCUCCCAUGGCGACACAGCGGCGAAAGCCCGGUUACGCAAUCAGAGGAGGACACCAUUGACGGAUUUAUCAGAUCAAGCGACGACUUGCAGUUUGGCUUCAGCUCCAUCAAUCUGCUGGAGGAGAUCAUCUCCGGUCAAGAGUGGGCCAAGUUCCUGAACCCCGCCCUCUCGGCUUCCUCGACCAAUCAGAGACCACCAGAGGAGACGGUCAGCAGCCGCACCUCAAUGUCUAAUAAUGACGGCCCAGAUGCUUUGGUUCCGCACCAAUCGGGAGGUUUGAACAGGGGGUGGAGCUUCAGGGGUAGCGAGUCACUGCCGGCUUAUAACUUCCCUGCCGGAGGGAACAUUCCAGAAAUACGGGACAGCACUGGUCACGUGGAGGUUGACCCGUCAGAACCAAUGGACCAAGGACAAAGCCCGGCACGUGAACGGCUGAAGGAGAGUGCACGGGUGCAAGCAAGAUCUUCCAACGUGGAGCGUGCAGACGUUCUGGAAGACUCGCCAAUCAACAGAGUCAGCAGGAAGAGACAACACCACUCAGAAGAGACGUCUCACCAGGGCUGGACUCAAGAUGGACAAAAUGGCUUCACGUCUUCGCUAAGCAGCCAUUCCAUGGAUGACUCCCAGGAGCAUCACCCCAGCGUCGUGUUCAGGCCAAAUGGAAGCCCGGUUGGCCCCCCCGUUUCUCCUCGUGCUCCUACACCAACACGAGGUGUCCUCAGGAACUCAGCAUUCCACAAUUCAGAUUCCUCACGGGAAAGCAAAAGGAGACGAGUGGAGCCCAACCGGCGGGUUCAUUUUGCAGAGAAGGUGGAGUGGAUACCGCCGGUCCAAGUGGAGGCGGAGGCUAGCGAUUCGGAGGAGGACUAUGGCACAGAAGGAGGCUCCGUCACGGAGGAGGAGGAGGAGGACUACGAGGCGCCAGUGGAAAUGAAGGAGGUGCCAACGCGCCGUCCUGCUCUUCCUGCGUGGAUCCUGGCCCUGAAGAGGAAGAACACGGGCAGGAAGCGCCGAUAGUUACUGCGCUCAUGAAGAUGCUAAUCUAUAUAUACAAUACAUGUACUGUAUAUACAGUAAUAUAUAUACUAAUACGUAUACUGUACCGUGUACAGCAGUGGACGCAAAUGUUCAUAUUUCAUUAUCCGCUACUAAAUCAGUGUUCAAUCUGGAUUCUGACCCAUUUUCAUUUUAGUCUUGAGCAAGAAGUUUUUUAACAGUGAAAAUAAAAAUAUUGUUUCCUAUAAUAAAAGUAUC